UCUUAUCAAGAAUCAGACAUCUUGGAAGUGCAUCCCAUAGUUGAGUUUCAGUGGAUUGAUAUUGAGAACUUGACAGAAUUCAGAGCCUGUAGAAACUCCAUUCAAGGUGCCUUGCUGAUUGUUGAUGAAAGAGGUACAAAGAGUUGUAAAAAUACACAUAUUGGUUGCAAUACAACAGAACAUGCUAGAAUCCCAAUAGAUGUUAUUCACGAUAUACCGACCGCAAUUACUUGCACUGGCAAAUGUUAGGACUUGUUUGCCCCUGAAAUAUCAUGUGAUAUCACUUUUAUACCAUCAAUCCUAAAGCACAUGCAAAGAUGGUGGGUACUGUGAAUAAGCUCUAUUUAAAACUAAACAGAGUACAUACAGGAAUAAAAAGAUCCUUUUGUUUCUAUUAUGAUGAUUCAUUCCACAAGACAGAGUAUUACAAGAUUGCUGUUUAUUACAUGUAGUUUCAGCAUAAUGUUGCUAGCCUGAAAUAUUCAUCUGUUACAAGCAAUAAUUAUUAAAACAUGUUUCCUUUGACAACUAUAUACCCGACAAAUUGUUUAUUGAAAGUGCAGCAAACUCAACUGGAUUCACCCAGUUAGUGUUAGUAUUCCUGGUUAAGUUUGUUCCACUGUAAAAUGCACUUGUAAACAAAAUAAACAGUUUAAUUACCAGCAUGAAAUUCAGUAUAUAUUUGUAUGUUUUACAAUGGUUUUGGAGCAGUAAAAUUACUGUUACUUAUGCUUUCUUUAUGUACAUGUACAUGUAGGCAAUAGAUGAGGCAGACAUCCAGUAUGCAUGGUACACUUUACACCAUAAAUGUAUUUUUGGACAGUGGUUUUGGUUUUAAAAAGUUGUUCAUUUAUUGCUAUUAUUUCUACAACAUUUUAGGAUUUGUUUGUAAUCGGAAGGAUCUGUCUGCCAGUGGAUGCUGUCACAGUGGGGGGGAGAGUACUCGUCGCUAUGAGUGCACAGACUGCCAGAGUAACAACUGCUGUAGUAUCUAUGAACACUGUGUAUCUUGCUGUUUGAGCCCUGCUAACGUAAGUUCAAAAAAAUAAUUCACUGAAUACAUACAUGCAAAUAAAGGGUGCAUUCCUUUGGGAUGAUCCAGAUCAGGAUCAGUGAUCUGAGAUCACUCGGAUCAUGGUAGAUCAAAUGAACCGAUGAAUCCACUCUGGACAAGGAUUCAUCAGUUCAUUUGAUCUACCAUGAUCCAAGUUAUCUCAGAACACUGAUACUGAUGGGGAACAUCUCAAAGGAACGGACCCAAAGACAAGCAUAACAGUUUUACAUGCAAUUUAUUUUUCACAAGGAAAUGAUAUAUUACUUGACCUUUCAUCUCUAUUUUUCUACAGAAAAACUUACUGGAACAGAUUUUAAAGCUUGGCUCUUCAGUGCCCAAUAUAAUAUCAAAGUCAGUCAAAGAUCAAUUUGAGCUGUGCCUUGUCAAAUGUCGAACGUCAUCCAAGGUAACCAAACUAAUUUACAUCUAUAAAUUACAUGAUUAUUUACACUGCAUCUACAUGUAGUCACAUCUUAAGCCUCUAUACAUUGUGUAUAAUAUAUUUUGCUGACACAUGUGACAUGAUAAACACAAAAAGGCUCCUUAAGAAAAAUGCAGGCGAAGCAAUCAGCGCUAUUACAAUAAAAAACUUCAAUAAUUAUUGUUUACAGUAAGUUACAUGUAAUCAAUGGUCUGCGCAAAAUCGCAUUAUUGUAUCAUUAUUACAAACACUUAUACUCAUUCUUUUAUAUUUCCACAGAGUGUUUGGCAUGAGAAUUCAUACAAAGAUAGAAGAUUCAAACAUUGCUUUGGCUUAAGUGGACCAGACUUUGCUGCUGCUUAGCUCCGAAAUCCAAAAUUAAUUAUUAUUAUAAAUUGCAAAAAAAAAUCAUUUCUAACAAUUUUAUUUUUUCAAAGUAUGAUGCAAGGAGUUGAAAGUCAAUACUAAGAUACUUAAAAGUUGUAAAUACUUUUAAACCAUUUUUUAAAACAGAACCAUUCAUUUGCAUCAAAAUAGGUUAUCAAAUUAUGAUAAUCAGCAAGUUAUUAACAUUCAUUUUUUAAACUUGAUUAAACAUUGGGUAGAAAGAUUUCUAUCUUAUUAGGAUAUUUUGGACUGACUUGCUUAAAUUGAUUUAAAAGUUUAUCAGUUAAUCAGAGAAUAAUAUUGUUGUACCUUGCCAUUCUAGUUUUAUGAAUGCAUUGUUCUCUAUUUAUACUUUAAGCAUUAAAUAAUUCUUUUCUUUUUCAUUAAGUGCAGAGCUCUUUCCUCUUGCAAUGAACAUAACGUUUUAGUACAUAAAUAUUCAUGCCGCAUAGUACAUGUACAAUAAUGUUUUUCUAGUAAACAGUAAGUAUACUUUAAUUUCAAAUUUUAAUUAAGCCUUGCCAGAUAUAACAGUAAGUGUUUAUUUUGUAAAAAGUGAUUUGAUGUUAUUUAAAUUAUUUCAAAUAGUUGUUAAAUUUUAAUAAUUUAUUAAAGGUUUGGCCUCUUUUUUUUAUAAACUUUCAAAACUUCUUUGUUAGUCCAGUUUGCAUGGUUAUUAUUGAAGUGUUAUUUCUGUAAAUAAAUUUAACUGCUGACAAUGAGUAAAAAUGAACAAAGUGCAUACAAGUUGGAGUGGAUGGAUUCCUGCCUUCAUGAAACACUUUUACCAGGCUCACCAUGGCACAAGGUACAUUAACAAUCAUGUAGUCAUGUAAAGUUUGUCAUGAAAGAGAGUUUUGUUUAUUGUUUGUGUCAUGAUUGUCUUAUAUAAGACUAGUAAAGUUUGUAGUUGAAGACUGAUCCUCCAGGUAUACACUGUACAACUGUACAUGUAGGUGCAGUCCUGAAUAAGACUGUUGGUGGCAGGAACUGUCACCAACAGACAUAAUCAUUUCAUUCAAGAUUAUACUCCUGUCAAUGAUCAUUUUCAGCCUGCUUUGAUGACUCCUGGGAAGUGACUUUAAGCUCUCCUUUCCCAUCAAUCCAUUCAGUCCUGGAAAUUUUGGCGCAGACACUGUUUUCCAGCCAUUUUUUGGUCAUUACCUGGCCAAAAAGGACCAACCCAAAAUUGGGUUUCCAACUUAAAUAGUAUGCUGGGUUCUUGUUCCUAAUGCUAAACCAAAUUUCAGGCAUGCAUGGAAGGAAAGUUUUGAAAUAUUUUGGGGGGUAAUUAGAAGUGACACUGCCAGCUCAUCAUUUUUAGUCUUUUGCUGACUAUUACAUUAAUACAUGUAUUUACUACAUGUAGGCUUCAUUUCAGUGGAAAAAAGAUUCCACAUAACUCCGGAAUCAUAAAAUUAUUUUGAAGGAAAUAUGGAUGGGUGUAAAACUAUUUUUUGGUCAACUUUCCAUUGACUUUUUUCAUUUUCUCUCUGGCCCCCUUGACUGAAUCAUGUUCAUUUGGGACUGAUUAGAAAAUCUUGUCGGUCGCAGAAAUUAUGCAGAAACAUUAUCUAGUGACCUUUUAAACUGAUGAUGUGAUUACUUGAGCAGUAUAAGAGAUAUUGAGUAGUUGAGUAGUCUGUUUGACAGUAGGGAGUUUAAGCAAUGACAAUGGCGACGUCAAUGAGAACAGCAAAAAAGCAAUAAUGGUUUAGAUUGGGAAAACAAUAACUUUGAAUGUGCAUCAUGCCUUUUUGUACAUUUUUUUUUCCGUCACUGCACGACUAUGACGUGAAAAUGCCUAUAAUCACGUUUUGUGGAGGACGUGAAUGCAAGACCACAACUUUCUUUUUCUUUUCCUGAACUUCAACACAGUCUUUUAGAAUUCAACUCCACAAAAAAUUGUCAACACUUGAUGAACUGAACAAGAUUGAAUAGGCGCAAUAAAAUUUGAAGCAGCGCAACUUCACUUUUAGAGUGACAUUUUUGUAGCCGUCGCCGUUGUUGUUGCUUAAGCUCCUUAGUUUACACAUGAAGACUGCAUACUUAAGUUAUCUCUAUUGACAAAAUAAGGUAUCUAGUGUGUGCACAGUUUGUAUUGUUUAUAGGGAGUUUAAGAUAUCAUGGUGGUGACAGCAGUGAAAACAUCACUUCAAAGUGAAUCUGCGUUUGAUCUAUCUCCAUCAUGAUUAUUCCAAAUUUCUCACCGUGCCAAAUGCAACCGAACUCUUCUGGAGUUGAAUUUCAAAGCACCAUAUCCAAGUUUAAUUGUACCUGGUCGUGGCUGACCCCAGCAAAUUUUAUGUUUUUGACUUUUGUCUUGUGGUGUGUUGAAAAUAAGAGGUUAUAUGAAGGAUAUGUAUUACAUUGCAGUUUACAUUGAAUUUCGUCAGGUCAAAAUAACUGAAAGCUUGAAAUAAGUUUGAUUUCUAUUUUCCUUUGUUAUUUACAACAGACAGAACACAUGUACAUUUUGACCUGAAAUUUACAACCUACUUGUACAACACUCUUAGAUCACCAUUUUUGAAUGGACUUGCAGAUUAGAGAAGCUAUUAACAACAGUCUCGCAACCAAAGUGAAAAGCUACUGCAAGAAUUCUCCAAGUGAAGCAAUCCAGCCUUUAUUGGAUCUACUGGGACAACAAUUUGUUGAGAAAUAUCUUUCUUACUACAAACAGGUGAAUUAUUAUAUGUUUUUCUCUCAUACUGUAGGUACAACUUUGUCCCUGUUAAAUGCUUUUGGGAGCAUGCAAUGCAUGUUUGUAAAUACAUGUAAAGGGAAAAGAAAAGCCAUAUUUUGCCACAAAAUUCAUUAUUUACCCCCUGCAGGGCAGUGUAUAUCCCUCUACCUCAUCACCAUCUGAAACCAGAAAAGAAGAAGCUCAGAAGUGGCUUAAAACAGCCAUUGAAGAAAGUGUAAGCAGGCUUGGUUUGCAGUGGAGAGAGGAUGAAGCAUCUCGGGACAUGUUGGAGUUUGUGGGAUUUGCACAGCACGCAGUGUACUGUGGCAUGGAGAGGGAACUAGCGACGGCUGAAAAGAGACACUCCCAAGGGCAAGCACAUGUAAGAAUUGCAGAUUUUUGUGAACAUGCAAUAUCAUUAUUGAAAACUGGAACUCCUUUACAAAGGAAACAUUAGCUACCUGCUUUUUUGCCUUAACUUCCACCAGCAAACAUUGAUUUUCCUUAAUUAUGGUUAUUAAGGCUUAUCUAUGGUUUCCUGCAUUUUGAUUGGCUCAGUGGAGCAGGGUUACUAACUGAUUACCAUGCCAUAAACCAAAAAGGGUGGACAAGCUCAACAAAGAGUAUACCAAAAACUUUGAGUUGAUAAUUAUUUUUAUUUUCUUGUAGAGGACAGAAUGGUGACCAAGGAAAAUAAUUUAUUUUUUUGGUAGCAAACUAUAAAGAAAUUGGAGUGUUACAGUUUAGAAAGUGCAAGACUGGGAAACAAAAAAUAUUUUGCCUGUUUUAAUUUAAUGAGGUACAUUGUACAGAAUGCCUUGUGGCGUUUCCAUUUCUCAAGAUGGAAAAACCACCAUUUCAACACUAGAAGAGACUAUAUACCCAAACUGUGCACUAUGGUUUUCUGCUAUUUAAAAGGACCUUAUCCCAUUUGCUACAGUGUAUUAGUCAUGUACAAUUUCAUAAUUUUUGUAAUCCAUGAGAUGUUCUUCUGAUUGCAGCUUUCAACCAGUAGGAGACGUGCUGGUCUUCUUUGUAACAGUCAUCAGAGUAAGACUCUUGGCAAAUCAGUGUCUGCCCUCCUGAAGAAUCACCCUUCCCAACUGAGCCGAGUAUGUGAGCAGCUGCAUGGACGGCAGCUGCCUAACUCUCUGAGACCUUUAAUCUGGUCCAUGCAGCUACAGAGGAAAGGUUUACCAAUAAGUGGAACACAGUCCAGUGAGGACCUGGAAGCACAGAUGGAAGAAAUUACCACACAGUUUAAAGUGACCCUCUCCUGGGGUUUAAAGGAACUUGGUGUGUCAAAUGUCAUGCAUUCUCCAAUAGCUGGUGUAAUCAGACAUGCUGUUACAGAAGCAUACAAGUACAGGCCUGGUCUUCAAAGUGAAGUGGUUUCAGAGACACACAUUAAACAAGCUGAAGAAGCACUGAAUGUACUGUACAUUUAUAACAGAAGUUAUGAACCACAGUAUGCCUUGUUGGUCUAUCCACUGGUUUUUGCUUUCCAAAAUGAAGAUCUGGAAUUCAAUUUGUGGUUUCCAGUGGAUAGAACUGAUAUGUCCUACAAGCUAGCAAUUUCCCUUCAACUGCUGCUCAAAAACUGUUUCCCUACUAGGUUGCAAAUUUUCAGCAUGGCUGACCAUGUCAUGCAGAGACUGCAUCAUGAAGAUGAACAGCUAUUUAAUCACCUUAUAAGUGAGUCCAGACAGAAUAUUUCGCCUAAUCCCCAAGAAUUCCUGGUAAAUUUUAUUCACACUGAGAAGGAACAAGCAAUGUUGGCAGAGAGGCAAGCUUCAGGAAGUUCUUUUAAAUCACUUCCUUCCGAUGCAAAGGAGCUUCUGUUCCAUCCAGUCAUGUUUAUAAGAAAGUGGAUAGGGGAGGUUGGUAACAUUUUGUAUAAUGCAAGCCAAAGCUGCACCUGAAUACAAUCAUUCAAGCAUGGCAUACUCAUUGUGUUUAAAUUUUAAGCUGACAAAAAACAGCCGACAUUCUGCAACACGACCAACAGUUUCCUCAUGAAAUUAUGUCUGAGGAACGAGCACUGACAUUCCAUACUAAUGAACUUUCACUACCCAGGUCUGGUUAGUGCUUGUGAUUAGUCAUGCCACUAGCAAAAAUUUGCUUCAACCAAUCAAAAGCACUUUGCAGUUCAGUGUGGUGGCACAUCAUAAGUAUGGAAUUUCUGCACUUGUUCCCCUGGUGUCAUUUCGCAGAAAACUGUUGGUCAUGUCACCAAAUGUCGGUUGUUUUCUCAGGCUAAUUUAAAUGUGACCAUGAAGCUAGUGUUUUCUGGCAAAGGACAACUUUUUGUACUUGAUUACCUCAUAAAUAAAUUCUACUUGUAUAAGGUAUCUUAGGUGUUGUUUGUGGAGUAUGUAUCACUUCUUUGCUCUAGGCUCCCACAUCUUACACUGUAGAUGCCUGUCGUACUUGAUUACAAAAUGCUUGUAAGUUAUUCUGGUAUUGUAGUACAUAUGUACACUAUAAUGGUGGGAGUUUUUGCAGGCAAGGGCUCUGGACCAUCUCAAAAGGAAAAGUAAUGUGAAUCUGUUGUGUAAAGUUGAAAAGGAAUGACUUGGUUUAAUUACAAUGUACCUUAUGGGUAUAAUUUUGUUGUUUCUCCAUUCUCUAAUUAUUUCCCUACAGGGAUUUGUAGGAACUCUAGGAGUCCAUGCUGUCAUGCUGGUGUGGGAUCAGUGCUUCAUGUCUAACUGGCAGCCCUCUGUGAUGGAGCACACUUGUCUUGUAUUACUACAACUCUUAAGAGGUGAUAUACUACAUGCUGAGGGCUAUUCAGGUAUCCGACGAGUGUUGUUGGAUAAACCAAGCGAGCUGUUUACUGUGGAUAUUCAACAGGGUCUGUCAUAUCUGAGUAAUGGAGGUGCUCUUUUGGAUGUUGGGUCCUUGAGACCGUGAGUAUGGAUGUAACUAUAUUGCUUUGUUUUGUAACGGAAAUGAAAAUUUUUCUUUUACUUCCGUUAAAUCGGUCAACUUUUGAAAAGAUUUUCUCUUAAAUGCGAAGGUAUAUUCAAAAGAGAAAACCAGAUAUGCAUAUUACAUCAUCUGAACUUACUGUAGAAAGAAUUUGAGGGCAAAAUAAAAUGUUGAAAAUUUGUCGUUGCAGAUACUUUAAAGAAAGUUAAAUAUUGUCACAGCAGUCUUUGGAUCAAUGAAAUAUUUUCUGCUUUUUUUAUCUCAGUUCUUUAAGUGACAGUAUAAGACCCAGUCCUUGAGCACCUGUCAGUCUUUUAGGGCGUAGCUGAAGGAGGAACUCUGAACAAUUUUCUGGAUGAAAACGUUCAGGAAUGAGGAAAGUCGAAAACCUGACUGACUAUCUGUGCAUAGUAAAGAUGUCAAAGCCAAAAACCCUUCCGAACACUCUAAAAAUAUAUAUAUUGUUGUAUUAGCAAAGAAAGAGUUACCUUAUCCUGUCAUAAUGAUAUUCAAAGUAUGCUAGAUUGGGAUUCUUGUUUUUUAUUUCCUUUCAGUCCUACACAGCUUCCCUCGUUAUCAGAACAUGAAGGAGUUAUACCAAGUCCGGCACCCUCUGUACCAGACUCUCAUCAUUCAGUAGUGUCAAGGCCCGCCAGUAGAAGGACUGCUGCUCUUAGCACCCCAAUGCAGACUGAUCCUGAAGAGUUGUGGGUAGAGAGAAUUGAGAACUCACCUGCCAUAGAAGCAACGACCAAUCGUGAGCCAUUUGAUGUGUACAUAGAUGAAGUCCGGUUUAUACCUGAUGCUGCCACUGUUAUCAAGGUGCGUAGGAAAACUCUUUUUUUACUGUCGUUCAAUAGGCCCUCUCAAUUUUUUUCAACUUUUUUUAAGGAGCAAUAAGCGAACAUUCAUCAUCUAUCGACACCGCUAGAAAGACGGCCUUAAAAUAAAGUAACUUACCAAGUUUAAAGGAGAUACGUCUAAAGAGAGCGAAGAUAUACAUGCAGCUCUGCAAAGUUGCAAAAUUUUGCAGACAUUUGUAUGGUGAGGGGCACGAACCCCACCAUACAGACGACUGUAAAAUUUCUCGACAUUGCAGAGCUACAUCUUCGUUAAUUUACAACAAAUCACUUUAAACUUGGAAACUUAACUGAAUUUAACGCGUUCUUUCCAGCCGUGUUGACGGAUUUUCGCAAACUAGUCCUAGUCGAAAGUUGAAAAACCGUGAAAGGGUCUACAGGUCUUGAACCAGCGUGAAAUUAAUUCAAAAUUUACUAGUUAACUCAUGUGAAGUUAGGAAUAAAGCCUGUGAUACCUUAAACAGUCUCUGUCUCCGCUAAUGGGUUUUGUUUCCCUGAACCUUAACAUCAGGUUACUGGUCGAAUCUUAGGACCUUUUUGGAAGAAACCUUCCACACUGGACGUUCCUGAUAUUGAGGCCUUUCCUCUAUUGGAGUCCUGGGCACGAUGUCCUAAGUUUCAAUUUAGGUACAGUGUCAAUGUACCUCCAGAAGGCAUCACUGGGGAGGCUGUGCUGUUACUGAGAAUCUACACCUUAGAUGUUAAUACUGGAGAACUUCUUGUUGUCGGUAACAGUGUUAUCAGGCUCUUCAAAGAAAAUGAGAAUGACGAGGUACGUGCUUGAUUAAGAUGUACUUUGCUUUCGUCAUGGGGCUUACGUGUACUUCACCAGCAAAGGCUUGUUUCCAUACAGUUGUCAUGAUUGCUACGUUCGCCAUGUUGGUUACCGGUCAUUUCGAUACAAGGUGAUUCAGUUUAGCUGUGAAUAGUAUCACGUACUUGGCUUAAAGAGCGAGGAAUAUUCCUUGUUCCCUAUAGAAGUAAUUGAGCCAUCCUAACGACUUCGAUUCUCGGCUAGUUUUGCUAUAAAGGUUGAUUUCCACUGUUGCGUAAUUUUAACGUGCGAACGUGCGUACGUGCGUAAAUUUUACGCGCGUAAAUAAAAUAGAGGCAAUAUUGUAUGGAAGGUCACACGUAAACGUACAACUUUUGCGUUUAUGCGCAGCAGGGGCGGAUCCAGGAUUUUUUUUAGGAGGGGGUGCACUCGUCUCUUGCUUUUUUUUGGUGCAGAAAACCAGUUGUAUUAGAAAACCGCAGGUCAUCUCAGGGGGGGGGGCGCACCCCCUUGCACCCUCCCCCUAGAUCCGCCCCUGCGCAGCCUGUCAUACAUCACCUCUAUGUUAUUUACGCGUGUACGGACGUGAAAAUUACGCGACAGUGGAAAUCCACCCUUAAGGACCUUAAGAAAAGGCGUUUUGAGUGACGAACAAUACCCGAAAUUCGACGAAAUGGCUAUUAUGACUCUUGAUAGUUAAAGACGAAAAAUCCAUGGUGCUGUUCCUGUACAGAACAACUUUAAAGUUUUUCUUUUUCUUUCCUUAGUGGCGUUUAAAUGCUGGAGGACAUCAGCUACCAAUGAAGCAUCUUCUUCCAUCCACUGUCGCUAAAUUAACAGAACAAGCUUUUGAUGGUAUAACAAAAGUACCAGUCUGUUCGAUUCUCAUCAGGUUUUUGCCACACUCAGAGGUUUGUGCCGUUUCUUCAGUUAAGCAUAACUUGAAACCUAUCUUCCUCAGUUGUUUUUCCAGUUGUCAUUAUUGUUGUCAUUAAUGAUUUUUCGUCUGCCAUGUCUACUCCAUCUUUUCCAUCGUUAAAUAACUGGGCCUUUAAAUGACUUCCUUUUGAAUAUGACCAAAAUAUUUAUUUUCUCUCCUUUUUUCUUCCUUAUUUUGGACUCAUAUGGCUAGCGCGAUAACCAGUGUAGUUUAAGUGGCGUUUUUUAGACCACGUAGACUCGGGUCCCGGCCGGACCUAUUUUUGAACGGACGAAUUACCUGUGAAGCCCGUUUACACAGAACCGUGCAAAUUUUUGUAACUGAUUGCAAUGCUGUUUACCGUUCAAAAACUUACACGGUUCUGCGGAUCCAGUGUAAACGAUAGGCGGAUCCGUGCAAGUUGUUGUCCGUUGCGCCAAAAAUUUGUCCGGACCCGUGUAAACGGGGUCUUAAGGUGAUGUUACACGAGACGAUUCGCAACGACGAUUUUUAGCGCAGCGCAGCGUUGCAGCAUUGUUGCGACAUUGUUUUGAAUAGUUACAACAUUGUUCCAACAUUGCAACGCUGUGUUGCGCUAAAAACGCACGAAUCGCCCCGUGUAACAUCACCUUUACUCACAGCUGAUGUUGUCGUUCAGUACGUCGUUUUUUUUAAAAUUUAACGGAACUCUAGAAUUGGUAAUCCUUGUACAAAACAUUUUAAUUGAUCAUUGUCUGCUUAUUAUUUUGUUUUCAAGGAAUACGUUGAAUCCCCAGGUUACUCUAGUGGAUAUUAUUUUAGUGAACAAUGUAAACCGACUGAUUCUGAAUGGCGCAUAUUCAGAAGAUUCAAGAACCACCAUGUUUAUCCACCUACAGUAAGAGAGGCUCUGCGAGACAUCAAAGAAGGAGAAGCUGAACAAGAGGAAGGUACAAACGGUUAGUAUGAUGUAUUUGCGUGCUGAACGUAGCAAAAUUUUUCAGUUCAUUGCAUUUUGGAAAAAAGCGUUGGUGCAAGUCCCCUUCAUCAGGACUUAGGGCCACAGAAAUGGCUCUGGUUUCAGAGUUAAUUUUAUUUGUUAUUGUUUUGGAAUAUGGUCGGUCGAAGGCGCCCUUCUUUGGGAGGGCAUGUUUAUUUCCUAUCUUUAUAAAAAUACAUGUACACCCAAAAGACACCAUAAAUAUAUCAUUUUGGGAAGUGCAUGAGAAACCAUCAGCUUGUCAUUGCUGCCCCGUCGUAAACAAAACACAGUCGUUGUUGCUUCUUACAAGUUCGCGUUUAAAUUUACUGGACUAAUUGUCAGUUUCGACAUUUAAAAACUAAAAACGUGUAUCUUUUGUCGCAUUUCAAUCGAAGCAGUAAAGAUUACAAGUACAUGCUUUAUAUAAUUUUGUCUUUGAUAAUAUGGUUUGUUUCUCCAGGAUUUGACUUUACAAAUGAUCAAGCUGUCACCGCUUGGUAUCAGCGGAGAACAAGCAAGCACUUGUUAAUGAGACAGCCCGCCAAACCAAUGGAUCUGGUGAAAGUUGUGCAGUAUGACCAAAAACAAGCAAGUGUAUACUUUUAUUGAAAGAAUGAGUUGAGAGAAUUUGAGAAAAGAUCAAAGCAUUUUCCCCUUCGGUGAUCAUUUAAUUAAUUCUCAUAACCUAAUCUCUUGACAUUGUAUGGAUAUCAUUAGGAGAAAAUUGAUGUUGGUCACUAUUGGAACUUAAAGGGUUAAUAUGUAUAUGCAGGCAAGCCUUAAGGUGGAGUUACUGUUCAUGCAGAAAUGGCAUAAGAAAAUAAUCAAACGUAACAAUAGACUCGAUGGAGUAAAAUUCUUUCUUGGCUCCCAGGCUUAAGGAAUGAAACAAAAGUAAUGUAUUACUUGUCCUUGAAACUCCAGGUGAUUUCUUUUGUUUUGACCCCCCAAGCCUCGAAGCCGAGUGUGAAUCUAAAUAUAUCGAAAUCUUGUCGUAUGGUAUGAGUUAACAAACAAAGACGCAAGAUCGUGGCGGUUUUUAGUGCAGUGAAUUUUGCCACCUUGGGUUCCUUGUGCUGCCGUUUGCUGUUAUCAUAACUGGGGCCGCCCUCCGUUAUGGUUGGCUUACUGUGUUUUCUUAGUUAUGUGUUGUUAUGUGCACAGACUUUUCGCUAUUUAGAAGAUAAACGAGACAUGAUAAAUUCGUAGUUUUCGGGGAAUAGUUGCUUUGUUUUUGUUUCUAAGUGGGUUUAGAAUUUGAGGAAAUAAUUUCUUUACAGGUAGAUUUUGUUAGUAGGUCUUGUAUAAAUGAGUCGGUAACCCUCACCCAAAAAGCUCACUGUUAAAAAGACUUUUAUUUACCCAAAAAUAUUCCGAUUCCUUCCAGAAUAAGGUACAAUGAUGACCUGUAAUGGUCGAGUAAACAAACAAUAUGCUUUAAACGGACCGCCCUGUUUCCAUAUGGGAGCAUAUGAUGGGACUAUUAAAGCAAAUAUUGCUUUUUCUUUCUUUCCAACGUCUUCACUAAAGGGUCUGGCGUUAACGGUAGAGCAAGCAUUUGGCCUUCCUGGAAACAGAUCGUUUGUAAAUGUACUGGUUUUCGUGUCUCCUGGACAAGAUGUGCAAAGAACAGAAGUAACAGAAGAGGGACACGGUGGAGAAGAGAAGGCACUCAUAAAGACACGUGACUUCAACAGUUACCAGAAAUCCCCCAAGUGGAUAGACUCACCGACUGUAAGUAAUAGAAAAAACCUGCUGUAUUUUCCUGUCUGUAGUUAUCAGACGGAAGAUUUAGUGAACUACAAGCUGUUCACUCCUCGAGUUAAUAGAGACCUUUAGAUUCUAAGACGAGAACGACUACGAGUACGAGAUUUUCUCAGUACUACGUAGUGCGCGCGCGUGAACCAACGUCAUUUUGGCGGGAAAACUUGAUAGCUGUCGUCAUUCUACUUCGGCUUUUAUCGAGAAUGUCGUGGUGACAGAAACAAGUUUUCAAAUAUUAGAAGUUUUAUCAUUUUGCGAUCCGGAGAGGGCUUAACUUCCUUCAAUAAAAAUAACAGUGCUAAUUUUUCUGGUGAUUCAAAAGUACAGUGAAGCGUCCCGGGGUGUAUAUUUUUUUAAAGAAUACGCCAAAAAACUUUCAGUCAAAUCUCGUACUCGGAGUCGUUCUCGUCCUCGAAUCUAGAGGUCUCAAGUAACUCAUUUUAUACUACUGCCCACUUUUGCUACGUGUUGCAUGUACUAAUGUAUCAAUCAGUUAAUGAAUUCUCUCAAGGUAAACAGUUUGUUUUGUUUCCCAAGAAUCUUAAGACACGGUAAAACGGGCAACAUAAACGUGCAACUUAUCUUGCAACAUUAGGCUGAUUUAGCAACAGAACGGGAAACUCAGUUGGCGACGGGAAAGCGCGCUGAAAGGAUUAUACGCGACUUCCGGUCCCCAAUUUGCCGCUCUGCCAUUGGUCAAGCCAGUUUCUUGAUUUGCGCGCGCCGUCGUUAACUGGCGUUCCCGUUCUGUUGCUAAAUCGGCCUAUUGCUGCAACAGGAGUUGAAAAGUGAUGUUGCGCGUUUUACCAUCCACGUUCACACCUGAAAAUCGAGUUGUUGCAGGUUGCGAAAAGAUGGUGCAGAAAGUAGCGAGUAGUUCUACUUUUUUGCAACAAAAUCUGUACAUGUUGCGCGUUUUACCAGCUCAAGACAAACUUCGGUUUUGGAGCAAGUGACAUAACUUCCGUCUAUGGCGUGACUCCCGCGUAAUCUCGUCCAAUCAGAAGUCAGUAUUCACGCAAUUUGCAACAACCUGACUUGUUGCAAAACAGGUUUGAACGUGGUUGGUAAAACCGGUAACAUCGCUUUUCAACUCGUUUUGCAGCAAUGUUCCGAAACAAGUUGCACGUUCAUGUUUGUGUUGCCCGUUUUACAGAAGCUUUACUCACCUGAGAUUUGAGGGAAAGAUUUCAGAGGGGUCAGUCAUUGACUGAGUUUAUAUAGCCCACGAAGAACAACUUGUCCGCGUACAAAUUUGUGAAAGUAAAUCUCGGCGAGGGGUCAAUAUUCGCGGGCAACAGUGCACUGUUAUCCUCUGACGUCAUAGAUUUUGCAAUGUUGUUGACUUUUGGCGGAAAACAGUUUAAUUGUUUGAUGUCAUGUGACCUCGAAGUAUUCAAUGAGAGCGCGCGCUAUCGGGGAAUUAAGUCCAGUUAAAUUUUUUAACAAAGCAGAAAAUUGCAUCGUUGUUUUUACGAACCAUUUUACGCCACGUACACACCGUCCUCUGACUUAUGUUCACAUAGUAAACUUAGUAAUUUGAUUGUUUAUUUUCUCCAUGGUAGGUGUUUCACCCUCACAUAUCAGACCUGACCACCCUUGUAAUCAGGCUGUGCUCACUUGACGCUCAAUACACACCGCGUGCUGACAGAGCCGCACCAGGCUCAGUCACGGCUACUAGAGGCAAAGUUAUGUCUGUAGUACCCUUUGGAUGGACUGUGCUUCAACUCUUUUCAAAGUAAGACACAAAGUAGAUGUGAAUUAUUCUUUAAGUGUCUUUCCAAGCAGUCGUCCAGACCUUAUACGUUUCAAAACUCUUUUGCUUCCAAAUAUGAAGCUUAAAUUAAUUCUUAACUGCCCUUUAAUUGGGCAGGUGUAGACGCUUUUUUUUUUUUAAACUUUCUUGGUUAUGGUCAACCCGAAGCCUUUCCCAGCGAGAUUCAUUUCAAACAAACUUUAUUUAUGAACAUGACUUAUACCAUUGAGAUGAGCCCUUUUAAAUCGGAUUGAUGGAUAUUUUUAGUUUGGUUUGGUUGGUUUAAGCCCAGAAAAAAGCGGUUGAUUUAUAAGGGUCGUGUACGUAACUCUAAGUGCUGUCGCAAAUCAAGGGUUUCCACAAAUCAACCAUCACGUAUGUAGCUGCUUGAUGUGAGCGAUUUUGUUUUUUUUUUUAAGUGCUUGGAAUUUGUAUGCAACACCCAAGUUUCACCUUUUGUACCAAAAAUUUAACAAGUGAAACUGUUCUAUUAGCAGUUAUAGCGUUGUAAUAAGAUUAUGGUCAUUUUUCCAGAGAAAAACCUAUCAGGAUUUCAAAUUCAUUUUCUAUGUUCCGCGCUUUUGAUAAUGAUUAUUGCAUCUUGUCUGACAGUCUCACUUUUCAAUUUACUGAUUAGAUUUCCUACCGACUUUCCUCAAGCCCGUCUUUGUGUAUGAACUGAAAAUUAGUGUAUUGUAUUUCUUUUCUCAUUCGUUAAACAAGGGAGUAUGUGAAUGCAGGAGUUCAUUAUCUACCAAUCUUUGAAGGAUCUCCAAGUCCUGUAAGUUACUUAAAGUUUAUCAAUUAAUUUGUGAACGAAAUCUUCACUGGACCGGUGUGUCUGAUUUGCCUUGGGCGCUUUGUACCCUGCGUAUUAGGCGUUCCUUGGGCGUUCCUUGGGGAUAAGAAGAGAGAAGCGAAAAAGCAAAGGGAGAAAAACCUUCUUCUCUCUUCCCCCCCCUGACUCUAAGACCUCCUCUCCCCUAACCCCUAAGGAAGGCCUGUUUUUCAGGAAAGACGCUUUGUGCUGGAUUUCGCUUAUAGUAGCUUAUAGUCCUCGGAAUGGUUCGUUGGAUUGUCAGUCAUUGCAGAAUUGUCGUUUGUGGUGCUGCCCUAACACCGUUCUAUGUGUCCGUUAUCGCAAGCUGUAAUCUACCGUGGCUCAUAGGAACAAAACACUUCCCAGAAUCCAAAACACGUUCCAGAAUCCAAAAGUGUUUUGGAUUGUGUCAAGUACUUUGGAUUCUUGGAUGUGUUUUUGGUUUUUGGGUCGUGUUUUGGAUUCUUGGAAGUGUUUUUGGAUUCUGGUUGUGGGAAGUGUUUUUUCCCUGCAAGCCACCGUAGUAUUCCCGAAAGGCCCUGCAGUCUUAACUUUUGUAAUACCUUUCAACUCAACUCUGACUUGCUACUGACAUGCAGCUCUUUGACUUUUCAGACUUUCUUGGAGUUUUUAUCCAGUCACACAGUGGAUGUAAGUUUGAAAGAAGCAGUCAAUCAACGCAUACACACUCUGCUAGUAAGUUUGUGAAUUAAAUGAGAAACAACUUCUUAAAUCGAGAAUUGGAGUUGAAUAUAUUAGAAUUGAGGUUUUCUUUAGACAGAGUAUUUAAAGAGAGUCUCCUUUACCCCCCCCCCCCCCCCCGGGGGGGGGGCACUUAAGUGCAAUUUGGGUGUAGGUGUGCCGCCAAGGUCUUCAAACCUUGACCCCGUUUAAGACAAAAUCCCCUCAUUUUGAUACCCGGUUUAAGACAAGAGACUUUUUUCAUACCCUGUCUAAGACUGUUUCUUAGAUUACUGACAGAAUAAAAUAAGGUUAUUUAAAAAAAUUCCCUUAUCACAAACAUAGACUGCACACCGCCAAAACUCACACAAGGCUUCCGGUCCAAAAAGACACCCUGUAAGACUCAAGAGCCUGAAAACCAUACCCUGUUCAGCGGCACAUACCCAUAUAGGCCAAAUAAGGGAGUGUCCCCCCGGGCUUUACCUAUAACAACGAAAAAAGUUUAUUUCCCCCUGCCCUCUACCACCUGCCCCCAGCCUGCACACACACACACUCUGCUUGUAAGAUUGUUUAUUGAAUAAGAAACAACUGCUAUCAUCAGGAAUCUUCGCUCUGAGCAGCAAAGUGAGUUGUGCUCGGGAGCCGGAACAAGGCAUUGAGGACAAGUGUUGUUACCUUUUCCUUGACGAUACGAAAUUCGCCACUUUAGAAAGGAGAGGUGAACUAGAGCUGAAAUAUAUCCCACAAUUGUCUAGAAAAGCCUUGAAACAUACCCAACAAAUAACGAAUGAAGAUUUGUGAAGGACAACUUUGUUUGAUUUCAGGGCACUAGCUGUGUGGCUGUAUGUCUCUGGGAUGCACAUUAUUCCCAAGAGGACUGUAUUCCAUUACCUGUGAGUAAAAGAGGUCGCUGUAUUUUAUCAAAAGGUCAACCAAUGUUUUUAAGGCACAACCUUUAGACGACCCUAGUAAUAUUCUGUUUAGUUUGGGCUAAAUUACAUUUUCCUCAUUUCGCUACAGUAAGCAGAUAGAGGGUCUGUAGCGAACACGUUUAUUAAAGGUAUAAGUUCAAGAUAUAGCGAUAAUUUUUCACUUGUGAACUUUCAUCCAAAAUCUACGUGGAAAGGAUACGGAUACUUAAAAUACUGUAUCUUCCACCUUGCACAGGUCAAUGAAGAGCUUUUAUCUGUUGGAAAGUUAGAAAGAUAUAAGAAGACAAUCCAGACGGCCUCGGCGGGAAAGUUAAUUUCCGAUGUAGUGCUUCAGACCCUGAACAAAGCAGAGCGAAAACAGGGGAUGACAGGUGACGCUUACUUGAUGGAAGAACAACACUACGAGGAGGCUAUGAACACUGUGUUUCACAACCUGAUGGUAGGAUGCAUCUAUUACACCAUGACACCUAUAUUAGUACCAGGGAGGGGGCCUGGUCACCCAGACCCUUAGAUAAGGGGGGAGGGGCCGUCUCCAAAAAAAAAUUUUUCGGCCCUUCGGGCCUCAGUUUGGUCUAAUAAUGACGGGGGGGGGUGGCGCCCCCCCCGGGCCCCUGUGCUGGAUCCGCCACUGAGUACUACUAUUUUGGUUUGACUUGACCUCUUUUUUUCGUUUACCUCUUUUUUUUUUGGUUAAGUGAGGUUAGUUCAAAUAGAAAACAGUAAACGCGUGAGCGUGUUGCUCAGUAGUAAACUAGUUUGACGGGUUAGGAACGAAGACUAGUGUAUGUGUGGUUUAGAUAGAUUGCCAAUCUUUCAAGUAUGAUCGUUCAGGUUCAUGAAGGUCUGAUAUGCUAUGCAUGCAUUGGUACAAAAUUUUACAUAAUGUAACGUCCAUCGUCAUCAUCGGCAUCAUACGAUUUAGUUCUUCCACGUUAUUCGUCCUUUGGUAGAGGUGGAAUCUCUCCUCUCUUCCUAGUUCGAAAUCCCUUGGACUGUCAGUCCCGUGCAUGUUUUUCGUUAGUCCACAUUUUUUUGGUCACGGCUGUUGUAUUUUUCUGCGGGCACGUUUCCAUUGUUUGAACCCUUCUUCUCCAUCAAUAGGUCUGUUCGUGUACAUUGUAUUUUCAUAAUGCCGUGCGUUUUUCUUACAAGUCAAGUCCAUCUGUCUCUAUUGGUUCCCACUCCUGUUCUGUCCUCCGGCACGUUUCCAUUGUUUGAACCCUUCUUCUCCAUCAAUAGGUCUGUUCGUGUACAUUGUAUUUUCAUAAUCCCGUGCGUUUUUUUACAAGUCAAGUCCAUCUGUCUCUAUUGGUUCCCACUCCUGUUCUUCCCUGCGGGCACAUUUCCAUUGUUUUAAUCCUUCUUCUCCAUCGAUAGGUCUGUUCGUGCACACUGUAUCUUCUCCCUAGUUUUUUGUUACUGUCCUUCGUUGGUUUAUAAAAUAUUUUUCAUUUCGAAAACUGGAUAUUCACACUCCUCGGACCCAUAAUUUUUCUUGGUUCAAACCAGUUACACUGAGUUAUUUUUCUAACUAGGACGAUGUUCUUUUGGAGAGUGGCAUGGGACCAAUGAUGUGAAACAAAAGGAGCCAUUAGUAAAUCAGUGGAGAAUAAAACAGCGUACCAAAUCAGUUAUUCCACUGUUGUGAAGUCCAUUGGAUUCAAUCCCCCACUAACUUUGGCUCUGUCUUCCUUGAAGUGGUUGUAACGAUCGCUUGAUACAGUACUAGACCUAGUAGCAGAAUUAGAGGACCUAAACUGUGCCACCUGGCAUUAACAUUGGCGACUCAGCUUCCUCAACGUCCGUUAUUUAUAUUAUUGUUAGUUACACUGUAUAGUAUGGUGUUAGUUAGGUACUACAAUGGUAAAAUGACUCCAGUUAUAGUCAGUUACUGGAGCUGAGGAUGCCCCAAUAAACCAGUCUAUAAUUCUGUUAAUUAAUUUGCCUGUUAACGUGCGGGAAACGUGUGCGAAAAUGUCACACGUGGUGUUGAUCACUCACAAAGUGCGGCGAUGGAAAGUCCAAGCAAAAUCGUGUCAAGGAUCCAAUGAAAUUGUGCAAAUAAUGAAAAUAUGCGGGGACGUUUUUGAAGCUGUUGAAAGCACUCACAGCACGUGGCUUUCACUGGCUCUUUAACCAGUGUUAAAUUACUGCUUUUCGUGAUACAAGCAGAGUUAGAAAAGUUUUUAUAUUUGCUGUUAUGAAACUUUUGUAUUUAUCAGUGUAAAUAUUAUACAGUUUUCACAAAGAC